AUGCCGCCGCGAACACCUCCCCCCACACAGCCAGAUUCGCCAUACCGGCAGCAAGUAAUUGCCGAGGAUAACAGUAUAUAUCAUCAUACCGUUGGGGCCCCGAGGCAAAUUCCUGCCGGGGAGGCCGGGGAAGAAGAUAAGAAUCCCGGUCCCUGGGCAGAGUAUGUAAUGAUGGUGCCAUGGAAGGUGGCGAGGAACGCUAGGAAACUCAAGACAUAA